AUGAAGUAUUUCUUAUAAAAAAUGCUUCUUUAUUAUCCUAAUCAAUAUAUGUUGGGAAGUCAAAACAAAAGCAUUCAUGUACCUGAAGCAGGUUUAAUCCAUUAUACUACUCCAUUACCUGUUUAUCAAUUUUUCAUGAAGGUUGGAAUUCUAAUGUUGGAUUCUAUGUUUGAUGCAGUGAUAAUUUCACCUAUUAGAAUAAUUUUAUCUAUUUUAACAAAAAAUUUGUUUUCAAUAUAAUUCAGAUUGGAUUUAAUUUAAACUACAAUGAUUUGGUUGAUAACUUGGCUUUUUACAUUUAACUAUUUUGAAGUUGGAUUUUGGUAUCACAUAAUAAGGAGUUAAUCUUAAAUUAAAUUAUAUGGAAUUAUAUAGAUUUUAGAUUUACUUGAUAGAUUGGCAUGUACUUAAGGAGAUUAUAUCAUUAGAUAAUUAUAUUGGUAGAAUGUGUAUAAGAAUUAAUCUGUUUUUAAUAGAUAUUUACUUUAUUCAUUUAUUUAUAUAUUUGCACAUGCUUGUUUAUUGGGAUUACAACUAACAGUUUAUAAUGUAAUAUUUAGUUAGAAAGUAUAACUUUUAUAUCUAGCAUUAUUUGUUCUAAGUUUAAUUAAAUUAAAGGGAUCAGUUUUUAAAAAAUAAGAUGAAAAAUCAUGUAUAUCAACUGCAAUAAAUGAUGGAAGAGAAUACUUUCAAAAAGCACUUUAUAUAAUAUUAAUAUCUAUGAGUGUGAAAUUUACACCUGUAGAUUUUUAUUACAAAAUUGGAUUCUAUUUUUUCAUAGAACUUUUAGUUGAUUCAUUUAAAUAUAUAUCAAUUUUUCAUUUAAAUAGUGUACCAAUAAAUGUUCUAAAUGAAUAAACCAAAAGUCUGUCUAAUUUUAUGUAUGCAGUUUCGAUAUAAUAAGAUUAAAUAAAAGAGCUAUCAUUAAUUGAUUAGAAAGAUUUAUGUAUUGUAUUAUAAAAUGUAUUAAUCUUAAUUUAUUUUAGGUACCACUUGCUUAAGCCAAAAUUAUAGGGAAAUUUAACAUAGUUAUUUUCCCUUAAGUCAUUAUAUCUUUGAAAAUGUUAGCUUAUAAUUACUAAAAGCAUAAAUCAUUAUUAGAUAAAGAAGAUUAUAUUUAUAUUGGAUUCAUUAUAUUAAUUAUGUUAUCCUUUACUAAAAUGAUCAUUUUUUUAUAUCAUAGAAAAAGUUAACUUUACUUGUAUGUAAAUAAAUUAAAAGAUUGA